AUGUCCACAUCCCUGCGGUAUACCUCCCCCGAGGAGAUUGACCAGAUUCAUGCUAGGUUGGUGAAGACAUUCAAGUCGGGAGUAAUACGAUCCUUGGACUACCGGCGACGCCAGCUGCUGCAGUUGGCGCGUAUGGUGCAAGACAAUGCAACUGCUCUCGAGGACGCACUCUAUGCCGACCUGCGCAAGCCACGGCUAGAAUCAUCCCAGGCGGAGAUCGGCGCAGUGUUAGGUGCUGUCCUAAACGCAGUCGAGAACCUGGAUGAGUGGACGCAGCCUGAAAAGCCGAAGGUCGCAGCAUGGCGAAGUUCGUGGGACACAACCGUCUACAAAGUUCCCAAGGGCGUCGUGCUCAUCAUCGGCCCCUGGAAUUACCCGCUCAUCCUCACGAUCGGCCCCCUGGUGGGGGCGAUUGCUGCUGGGUGCGCUGCAGUGGUCAAGGCCCCCGAAUUGGUACCGUCGGUAGCAGCUCUUCUAGCAGAACUGUUUCCCAAGUAUCUCGAUCCCGAGGGGUAUCAAGUCGUAAAUGGUGCAAUACCGGAGACAACUCACGUCCUGGACUUGCGAUGGGACCACAUCCUGUUCACCGGCAGUGAGAAAACCGGCCGUAUCGUCUCCUAUGCGGCUGCGAAAUACGUGACGCCAAUCACCCUCGAGCUGGGUGGGAAGUCGCCCGUGGUGAUUGACCCCGACUUCGACAUGGAGCUAGCGGCGAAACGGGUGCUGUACGGGAAGCUGCAGAACUCUGGCCAGCUGUGCGUCUCUCCAGAUUACACGUUGGUUCCCCGUGCGAAAGUGGACGAGUUCAUCGCAGGAUUGUUAAAAGCGUACAGGGAGUUCUGGCCGAAUGGUCCGUUCCACGAAGGAUCUCAGUGGGGCAAAAUCAUUAACCCGGCGCACCAUGCGCGCUUGAGGAAUCUCCUUGAGCACACUAAAGGUACGAUCGUAAUUGGUGGAGAAUACGACGGUGAGGAGAGAAUUUCCCCAACGGUUAUCACGGGCGUCGAGAUGGAUGACGUAUUGAUGGAAGAUGAGAUUUUUGGUCCUAUUCUUCCCAUUAUCACCGUAGAGGACCUCGACGACGCAAUCCGGAUUCUUGAUUCCCAGAAUAUUCCGUUAGCGCUGUACGCGUUCACCAACUCGGAACAAAUAAAGCAGAAGUUAUUGCACAGCACGAACAGCGGCACACUGGUGCUCAAUGAUACAUACAGCCAGUUGGCCGUGUAUGAAAUGCCGUUCGGCGGACAGGGCAAUUCCGGACAUGGUCGGUGGUACGGCAAACAUGCAUUCGAAACAUUCACUCACCUGCGGAGCUACAUCAACGUUCCCCCAUCCGAAGAGCAUUUGAUGAACUUGCGCUACCCGCCAUACACGGAGGACAAGUAUCUGGCGAUGUCUGCGCCUGUUCGUUUGGCUAUUCCCGAUGCAUAG